AUGGCUCGACUGUCCUCCGUCAUCGCAGCUGGUGCUGCGCUGCUGGCUGCGACAGCAAGCGCCGACCCUUUGACGCCAAAACACGAGGCCGGGAGAUGCGCCAUCCGCGGCCACUGCGGGAAGAAGAGCUUCUUCGGCAAGGAGCUGCCGUGCCUCGACAACGAUCUGGCCAAGAGCCCGGCCGAGGUCGACGAUGACUUCGCCAAGGACCUGGAGGCCCUCUGCGGCGUGAAAUGGAGGGACAGCAAGGUCUGCUGCGACCGCGACCAGCUCGACUCGCUCAAGUCGUCCAUGUCGACCCCGAACCAGAUUAUCGGCUCCUGCCCGGCCUGCAAGGACAACUUCUACAACCUGUUCUGCACCUUUACGUGCUCGCCCGACCAGUCGCUCUUCAUCAACGUCACCAAGACACAAGAGAAGAACGGGAAGCAGAUGGUCACGGAGCUGGACCAACUGAUCUCUAGCGAGUACGGCACCGGCUUCUACGACAGCUGCAAGGAUGUCAAGUUCGGCCCUUCCAACUCCAAGGCCAUGGACUUCAUUGGCGGUGGUGCCAAGAACUACACACAGCUUCUGAAGUUCCUGGGCGACGAGAAGGCUAUCGGCUCGCCCUUUCAGAUUAACUUCCCAACCAGCUACACCGAACCCGGCAUGGAGUCUCGCGACAUGAAGCCAAAGAAGUGCAACGAUGAAGACCCGUCGUAUAGGUGCGCCUGUGUGGACUGUCCGGCUGUCUGCCCAGAGCUCCCAGCGGUCAGUCGGACUGGCUCCUGCAUGGUUGGAGUAUUGCCGUGCUUGUCUUUCGCGUCCAUAUUCACCUACAGCGUGCUCCUCCUCUCCCUCGUGCUCGUCAUCGCCGGGCAUGUCGCAUGGCGCCGCCACGCACGCCGGCAGAGCGAGCGACUGCAUCUCCUUCAGGGUGCAGAGAGUGAGGAUGAUGACGACGAGGGCGACCUGGUGCGCAACGGCGCCAUGUUCGACCGCCCACAGAGGUACUACAAGAUCAAUCAGUGGUGCGACAAGGCAUUCAGCAAGCUUGGACAUCUCUGCGCAAGAUUCCCAGCCAUCACCAUCUUUGUCAGCUUGUUGGUAGUUAUCGUGCUAAGCGUCGGCUGGGUUAAGUUCGAGGUAGAGCGUGAGCCCGCCAAGCUGUGGGUCAGCCCAUCCUCAGAAGCCGCGCAGGAGAAGGCUUUUUUCGAUGAGAACUUCGGGCCCUUCUACCGGGCAGAGAAGGUCUUUCUUGUCAAUGACACCCAGGGACCGGUGCUCAACGCUGACGUCAUCGAAUGGUGGAUGAAGUUGGAAAAGGAAGCAAAGCAGUUGAAGGGCCCCAAGUUUGGAGCCAGGUUGAGCGAUGUGUGCUUCAAACCCACCGGUUCUGCGUGUGUAGUGCAGUCGGUUGCAGCAUACUGGGACAACAUCUACUGGGACAAAGACUCGUGGAAGGAGGACCUGCAAGAAUGUGCAAGAUCACCAGUAAACUGCCGACCAGACUUUGGCCAGCCCAUGGAGCCGAACAUGGUGCUUGGAGGGUUCACAGACAUCAACGAUGUUGUCGACGCGCCGGCAAUGACAGCGACUUGGGUUGUCAGCAACUACGCAGAAGGCACCUCGGAGGUUGACCGAGCCAAGGACUGGGAACAAGCACUCAAGGAGAGGCUUCUCAAGGCGCAAGAUGAGGCCGCUGAGCGUUUUGGGCUUCGUCUGUCAUUCUCAACUGAAAUCAGUCUGGAGGAAGAGCUGAACAAGUCGACGAACACCGACGCCAUGAUUGUCGUCAUCAGCUACAUUGUCAUGUUCAUCUAUGCGUCCCUUGCACUCGGAUCGACUAGCAUGAGCAUUCGAGAGCUGAUGAGGAAUCCUGCCGUCUGCCUGGUGCAAAGCAAAUUCACCCUAGGAUUUGUCGGUAUCUUGAUCGUCUUGAUGUCAAUCACCUCGUCCAUCGGCCUGUUCUCUUGGGCUGGCAUUAAGGCCACCUUGAUCAUUGCCGAAGUCAUCCCUUUCAUCGUCCUUGCUGUUGGUGUUGACAACAUCUUUCUCAUUGUCCACGAGUUUGAGAGAGUCAACGUCAGCCAUCCCGAUGCUAUGGUUGAGGAGAGGAUCGCCAAGGCUCUCGGCCGUAUGGGACCGUCCAUCUUGUUCUCAGCCAUCACUGAGACAGUUUCCUUUGCUCUCGGCGCCUUCGUGGGCAUGCCUGCAGUCAGGAACUUUGCUAUCUAUGCUGCAGGGGCUGUCUUCAUCAAUGCCGUGCUGCAGAUGACUCUUUUCAUCUCCAUUCUCUCGUACAACCAAAUGCGAACCGAAGACAACCGGGCCGACUGCUUCCCAUGCAUCCAAGUCAAGGCCGCAAGGAUCCAUCUCAAUGGGAAUGGCCACAACGGAUCGCGUCCCUAUGAAGUUCCUGAUGAGAGCCUGCUACAGCAGUUCAUUCGAAAGCACUAUGCGCCGGCUAUUCUAGGAAAGAAGACCAAGGUUUUUAUCGUCGUGAUUUUCACUGGCUUGUUGGCUGCUGGCAUAGCCUUGAUCCCCGAGGUGAAGCUUGGUUUGGAUCAGCGAGUUGCAUUGCCCGACGAUUCCUACCUUAUCGACUACUUCAAUGACAUGUACAACUACUUGGACACCGGCCCGCCAGUUUACUUUGUUACAAAGGGACUCAACGCCACUCAGCGAUCGCACCAGCUGGAGAUCUGCUCUCGCUUCCCGUCUUGCGAGAAGCUAUCACUUACCAACGUGCUGGAGCAGGAGCGCAAGCGACCUGAUGUAUCUUUUAUCGCUUCACCUGCCGCGAGCUGGGUUGAUGACUUCUUCCUCUGGCUCAAUCCAGAUUACGACACAUGUUGCAUCGAGAACCGGGAAACCUGCUUCGCCAACCGAGAUCCCCCAUGGAACAUUACGCUAUCCGGAAUGCCGGAAGGCGACGAGUUUGUUCAUUAUCUGAAGCGUUUCUUGAACUCUCCGACCGACGAUGAAUGUCCUCUAGGAGGACAGGCUUCUUAUAGCCAAGCUGUUGUUAUCGACGAAAAGAAGGCCACUAUCCCGGCCAGCAACUUCCGUACCAUGCACAAGCCACUGCGCAGUCAGAACGACUUCAUCAAUGCGUAUGCGGCAGCUCGUCGCAUCGCUAAUGAUGUACACGCGAAUACCGGAGUCGAAGUCUUCCCAUACAGCGUUUUCUACAUCUUCUUCGACCAAUACGCGAGCAUUGUCAACCUCAGCGCAACUCUGCUCGGCUCAGCAGUCGCCGUGAUUUUCUUGGUUUCCUCAAUCCUCCUGGGUUCUCUCAUGACCGCGUUGGCCGUUACCGUUACAGUGGUUAUGACAGUCGUCGACAUUAUUGGUGCCAUGGCUGUCUUCGACGUCUCGCUGAAUGCUGUCUCAUUGGUCAACCUCAUCAUAUGCGUGGGAAUAGCGGUGGAGUUCUGCGCCCAUAUCGCUCGUGCCUUCAUGUUUCCCUCCGGAUCCGUUAUGGAACGCGCUAAGAACCGCUUCCGUGGCCGUGAUGCCCGGGCGUGGACGGCACUUGUCAACGUGGGCGGGUCCGUCUUUAGCGGCAUCACAGUUACCAAGCUCUUGGGUGUCACUGUUCUAGCAUUCACGCGCUCCAAAAUCUUCGAGAUUUACUACUUCCGCGUAUGGCUAGCCCUGGUUGUCUUCGCGGCUACCCACGCCUUGAUCUUCCUGCCUGUGCUCCUGAGUCUCAUCGGCGGUGACGGCUACGUCGACCCCGAGAGCGAAGGGGGCCUUGUUGAGGAUCUAGCAAAUCGACGAUACAGAGCGCUCGUCCCCGAUGAUGCUACAGACUCGGAUGAGGACUAG